AUGAAGCCGACCCGACUUUUGAUUUCUAUUCCGGCAUCGACGUCAACUGGGUCCGACGUUUUAAACGUGGGGCUUCUACUUAUUAUAUAUGUCACGUUCUUUGUCACGUCUGCUCGGAACCUAAGUGACAUUCCACACGCUAUAAUCAUGCUUUGCGUCAUGUCUUUUACUGUGUGCUACAUCCUCUCCGUCUCUCUAUCGCUUGACUAA